AGUUCAAUCUUAAGACGACGCUGUCCGUGACCGAUCAUUCUACACGGUCUGCCACGACGUGCCACAUUAACCGUAGCUUGGCGUCCGUGAACUCGUUCGUUAUCUCGAAAAUCUAUCGAUGUCGGGUUUUGUGGUGAAUCGUAGUUUUUGUAAUAAUCUUGAAAUCCAGACCGGGUACCUAUAUCAGCUAAGAACAGUUCGCUAGCUGUUUUCAAAAUGUAAGUAUGUAUACAUAAAUGUGAAGAUACAAGGUUACAAAUUCAAAUCAUGGUAUUAUAUCUACGCAUUUUCAUAUGCAUAAGUUUUUUUGUCUUUAAUACGUUUACCUUUUGUAAAAGUAUUAUUAAAACUGAAACUAGUUUCCUGACAACCGUCCAAUUGCCUGCAAAUGUCAAUACUGUCAAUACCAAAGUUCCAUCUGUAGUGUGGCCACAAAUCCAAGUUUCAAACCCAACACGCGAUUGGAACUUCAAAUCAGAACUUAAUAAUAGUUUAACAUUCCAUGAUUCAACGGCAGUAAAAAAUGUUUCAAAACGAUUGGCGAUCAUUUCGAACAGAAACUUAACCACGACAAAUCGAAACAACUCUAACCUUAUCAAGACAAACCAUACGACCACCAUAAAACCAAAAUCGCCAAAAUCUGGUAAUGCUACAACCAAGCCGUCACUCAAUAUCACGAAACCUACGAAAUUCGGACAGAAAAACAAUUUGAAAUACAGUAACGUUACGAUUUGGCCAAAGCCCGACAAACGGCUGAGCAACACUGUGCAAAAAACGGCCAAUGUCAACACCUCGAAUCACACAGACGAAAUCGAAGUCAUGUCGGACUUCAAAACUAAAUAUCCAAUCAACAAAUGGAAAGAACACGGGUUCUACACGGACGAUUACAUGAAUUUAAUCAAUAUUCAUUGGUUCAAAUUCGAGCCACCCAACGCUACGUCACACUACAUUCUCGGUUUACUGUACACCGUUAUCAUGGUACUCGGUUGUUUCGGAAACUCACUAGUGAUUUUCAUGUACAUCAAAUGUAAGUCGUUGCAAACGCCGGCCAACGUGUUAAUAAUGAAUUUGGCGGUCAGCGAUUUCAUUAUGCUAGCAAAAACACCGGUAUUCAUCUACAACAGCUAUUACCAGGGUCCUACGCUAGGAAAAUUAGGCUGUCAGAUCUAUGGAUUUUUUGGUGGUUUGACGGGAACUGUGUCCAUCAUGACGUUAGCCGCUAUAUCGUUAGACCGGUAUUAUGUCAUAGUGCACCCUCUUAACGCGGCCGUUAAAACUACCAAACAGCGGGCAAGGGUGUGGAUAGGCCUGAUAUGGAUGUACGGGUUUUUGUUUUCAAUCAUACCGGUAAUGGAUCUGGGGUACAAUCGAUACGUACCUGAAGGAUACCUAACUAGUUGCAGUUUUGACUAUCUGACGGACGACAACCAAGAAAAAGGAUUCAUCCUGGUGUUCUUUACGGCGGCGUGGUGCAUACCGUUCACCACGAUAUCGUACUGUUACGUUAAAAUACUGAGGGCGGUUUGGGUGACUAGUGAAAUGACUGCUAGCCGGUAUGGUCAAGAGGAGGAAAAGAGAAAGACGGAGAUAAGACUGGGAUACGUGGUAGUGGGGGUUAUCUUGCUGUGGUUCGUAUCGUGGACACCGUACGCUAUGGUAGCCCUAUUGGGCGUAUUCGAUCAGAAAGAAUACAUCACUCCGCUAAGUUCGAUGAUCCCGGCGUUGUUCUGCAAAGCGGCCAGCUGCAUGGACCCUUGGAUAUACGCCAUCACACACCCGAGGUUCAAAAACGAAUUGACAAAACUAAUGUCGAAGAAGAAGACCAGGAAAUUGGAGCGGGAUUACGGCAUGAAGAAGAGCUGGGGUCAGUCACAUUCCAACAAGAGUGGCGCGGGUCUCAGGAACUUUUCGAGCUCGGAAGACGAGUGCGUUGAAGAAGUGAUCGUCGUAAUCGAUCCGGACGACAAGAAGAUGAUACGACAAGGAUCCACUUCCAGUCACAAGACCGAAGAGACCAAAGCGCUGGAAACGAAAUUCCCGCCCACCAGGCAGGAGAGUCUGAAGUACAUGCCGCCCAGUUGGUACAAGCUGCCGCGGACUACGUCUAAAAGCAGCAUUAUGCUAGACGCCAAACUUACGGGAGACAAUAACAAUAAGUAAUAACGUUCUUGUCAAGCUUGCCAACGAGCACACGUUGAAUUUGAAGAUUUUAAAUGAUAAAUGCUGUGAUUAAAAUGCUAGUCUAUAUAUUAUUAUUAUUAUAUUAUGUAUAAACAUAUUAUAUAAUCUGAUCUCACACUUGUGUUUAAGAAAAAUUUACAAACAUGUAAUUUGAAAACGCAUACAUUUUUUGUUAUAAUCGUAAAUAUUUUAGGUGCUUAUUUGUACGCAUUUCUGGUAUGAAAUUAUAAAAUAUUGACGUGCACUCUAUCACCGCAUGACGGUUUAUUAUUCGGUAUAAUAUUAUAAACCAUGAUUUUUAUCUUACAUUAAUAAGAGUUUAUUAAACACGCGAUCAAGCGCACUCGAUAUAAAAUUUUGUAAGUUCGAAUAUUAUUUGUUUGCAUGCGUUUUAUAUUUGAAAAAUAAUAAUACAUAUGAUAUUUAAGCUUAUUAUUAUGACAAAGCUACCGUAAAAUCAUAAUUUUAUAACUAUUACCUAUUGGCUAUUGCUAUUAUUAAGUUUGCACGCAUCGUUUUUAUUAUACUAUCAUCCAUAAUGUAAUUUUUUAGAUAAAUGCCGAACAGUUUUAUUACGAUAACAUAAAUCUUCCUUUACACAAUUGUACUAUAAAGACAAAAGCAGACAAUCACUAAUAACCGCACUCACAUAAUGAGUACACGCUUUAAUGAUACUAUAUACGAUAUACUUAUUUGACUUUUGAAACCCAUAUAUUAUGCUUUAGGCCUAUGUGUGUUUUAAAAUAAUUUUUAGGUCAAAUAAUUAUUCCAGGAUUAAAAACCAACAUAAUCCAAACUACUUGAGGAUUUAAAAAAAUAUAUAUUCUUUUUAAUGGAAAGACAUCAAUAUAUAGGUAAACCUUUAUUUUACCAGAUAAAAAUACCUUACACCAUUAGAUUAAUAAAAUGAUAAGUAUAAUUUAUUAUAGUUAGUUUAAUGACGGUUAACCAAGGCGUCAUUCUUUUGUGAAACAUGUGAUACAAAUAAAUGCAUAUCCGGGUCGUGACUCACCUUAAUUAUACGUUUAUCAUUUUUUUUAUACCAACAAUCCUUUUUUAAUUCAAAUUCGUUUCAAAAUAAAGAAACAAUUUUUAUUAAUUUUUUUUUUUUAAUUCCUGCGUUCACACCUGAUAUUGAUAUCUAUGAACAAUGUUGAACUUUAUGUAGAUGAAUUAAUCUUUAAUUGUUUGUUACUAGUAUUUUUACUUCCGGUAAACACGAUAAAAGUACACCUAAAUGGUGCACUAUCGUUUUAAAAUUUAAAUGUGUUUAAUUAUAAAAUAAUGAUAAUAAUGGGGUGGUUAAGUGAAUUACGAACUAAUAAGAUACAAUACCUACAUUGAGAUUAUAAAUGUACUUAUUUUAGGUAUACUUUCUGUUGCGCAUCGAAUUAAUGCAGAUGCAUUACUCUCGUAAUAUUAGGUAAAUUGUAGACAGGGUCAUUAAAUUAUUUUUUAAGCAUAUCUUAAUUCGUUUUCUAGUGAACAAUUAUUUUUUUAUUCUAUAUUUAUAAAUGUUUAAAUGUAUAACAUAAAUUCACGUCAAUAUAAUAGUACAAUAGUACAAUACAAAGUUUUCUCAUUCCUGAAAAAUCUAAAAAACGUUAUAUGCCCCGUUGAUAAAUUAUGCGACCUGAAGGUCGCAUAUUACUUGAUACUAUAUUUGUACUCCAGUAAAUUCCAUUAGUGGGUGUACAGAUAUUUUCGUGCAUUUUUUGAAUAACACUGAAUAUGCCAGAUAAAUUCAAACAUGAAACAGACAUAAUACAUUUCUAUCUAUGUAUAAACUAUAUAUGUUUAAUUACGAGUAUAUAUAAUAUGACUUAUAGGGAUAUAUUUUAUUAUGAUAAGUACUUAUGCAACAGUCUAAUAGAAUCCAACUAUUUGUUAUUUAUAUAUAUAUAUAUAUAUAUACAUUUAAC